UUCUGAAUCAACAUUGAAAACUGAUUUAGAAAAGAUUUUCAAUUCCUUUCCGAGGUAUACCUCAGAAAGGAAUUGAAAAUCUUUUCUAAAUCAGUUUUCAAUGUUGAUUCAGAAAAUAUAGUUCGAACCUUCCAUCUUACAAUACAAGCUCAAAAAGUCAAUUUCAUCAUACAGGACGGUUUGGGGUAUUUUUGAGGUCCUCUCAGUAAUUUGAGUUUUUCUCCAUGAAGAAAUGGCUUUUGGGGACUCGGAAGGUGUUAUUCGUAAUUAGCUCGUUAAGCUGAAUCUGAAUAUACAUAAUAAUGCCAAAAAAAAAAGUUUCACUUGAAGUUUGGAUUACGUGCAUCCUAAAUACAAUUUUUUUCACAUACAAACAAACACGUGUAUGAAGUUGUAUAAAAAUACAUCUUCUGAUACUGUUGUAGAAUAUAGUUUCAUAAAGCCUAGUUUUAUGUCAUAAAGAUUCUGGAUGUCAUAGGCAUAUUGUUUUACUUGAAAUUAAAAAACAACAACAACGUCAAACAUCAAACACUUUUAACUGCAUGGCAAUGUUAAAUGUUGUUGUCAGUGAUGAUGAGGAGUCCCUAGCUCAAAGCCUGGGUUACAAAGUUGAGACAUUAAUUACUGAAUUACUAUAUUCUUCCCAGUCGUCUACAAAAAGCUAUGUCACAAUUGGUCUAUCUGGUGGCAGUUUAAUCAAAAUUUUAUCAAACAUUCUCCCCUAUCUUGCUCUUCCAUGGGCUAAAAUACGAUUUUUCUUUGUUGAUGAACGUUUUGUACAAUUUACAUCCGAAGAUUCAACUUAUCACUUGUAUAAUAAACUAUUUCGACAAUUGCCAUUAACAGAGAAGAAUAUUUGUAAAAUAAAUCCACAAUUAGAGAAUGUUGAACAAUGUGCCAAAGAUUACGAACAAAAAUUAAAAGAGUUAUUAAAUGAAGACGAAGAUCAAACGUUUGACAUUUUAUUGUUGGGUAUAGGUCCCGAUGGUCAUACAGCUAGUCUUUUUCCAAAUCAUUCCGUCUUGAACGUCAGUGAUUGCUUAGUGACGUAUGUCAAAGAUAGUCCUAAACCACCUUCGGAACGUGUUACAUUAACCAUGUCUACCAUAAACAAAUCAAAAUAUAUCUUAAUUUGUGUCACUGGUGGAUCAAAAGCUCAAAUUGUAAAGGAAGUAAUUAAAGAUAAAAAUAAUCAAUAUCCAAUUGGACAAGUACGGGAAAAAAAUGUAUUCUGGUAUUUAGAUCAGGAAGCAGCAAGUCAAAUAUAG